AUGAGCGACAGGGCACAAACAAGGCCCCGGCCAUCAUGGUCUUCUUCGGAGGGCGCCAUCCAAGAAACAGUAUCCCAGCAAUCGAAAGUUGAAGACUAUGAAGAAACAACCAGUCAGCCGCCUAGUGAAGGUGCUACUCACUAUCCAACACCGCCUAGUUCGUCAUCCAAACUAGAUCACACCCGCUCAAACGUUCAGCGAACUGUCAGCGGGUCCGCCGUUACGCAGCCAACACCCAACGACGACGCAGCCGUAACUAAGCCCACUGGCAGCAGGAGCAAGAUGCUUAGGGAAGCUAGGAACAUGAAGAACAGGGGAGCACGUCGACCUGCCAGUGUAUCAUCAUCCGGGCCUGAUCCAUACUUUGUCCCCCAUGACACCUUUACAUCAUCCCCGGAAUCGAACUAUUUUAAGAAUACUCCCAGCGGACGUAAAGCAGUGCCUUCGGCAUAUGAUCCAACAACUGUUUCCAUUGCCAACUAUCCUCAGUCUCCUGUUAGUCCUAUGUCAUACGCUGGUUGGGGACCAAACCAUACUCCAGCUGGCUACCCUCCAUCACAAGACCCCUUUUCGCCUCAGCAAUCGGGGUUUCCACUCAUCGAGCAAUCCUAUCAUCCUGGAUUUACAUAUGUGAACCAAACGACCAGUAAAUUGGAACCUCCUACUGUUAAUCAAAAUCCUUCAUACGAUACUUCAUACGACACCUCUUACCCAGAAACCCAGGACGAAAUGGCUGUGCCUAAUGAAAACCUCCCAAUCGAAGCUCUGGAUGGAUACGCAUCUAUCGCAGCCAGGAUCUCCGGCCGAGCUGAACCGCAACUGAUACCCAUAUACCGAAGAUUCGACUGGCUGCUUCACCGCAACCUAUUGCGUUAUCAAGACCAACUUGGGAUGUUGGAGGAAGAACUAAUACGCAUGGAUUCUAUCACUACACGAUUUGGGGCGCGCAUACCUGUAUCUGCUCGGGAAGAACGGCGGCUUGGCCACCAGAUCCAUCAAGAUAGGGUAAAUCUUAUGGAAAGAAUAAAUGAUAUUCUUUCCAAGUACAGUGAGUGCAUCAAAGACCCGGGCACGACUUUAUCUAACUGA